AACAUUGAGGAAGUGGUUGUAGUUGUAGUUUUGCCUGAUGUUUAUUCUGUGAAUUCUGACUGGGGCUGAAGGCUAUCUAAAGUUUAUGCAUGUGUUCCUGCCCUGAUAUCUGCAGUCUGGGAUGGCUACAGGUGCUGUUAUGGACUAGUUCAGGUGAUCGAGUCAGCCGACAUCAUUCUGGGAAGUGAAUCGGGCCAUUGCGGAUGUUAUGGGCAUUGCAAUAACAAAGAACAGUUCAGUGAUCAGCAGACACCGCUCUGUAAGACAGACCAGCCAAUUUCAGAAUGGAUUUCCUCACUUUGUUUAUCAUUUAUACAGUUUUCGUUCUAGGAAGUUUUAUAAUGGUCAUGAACUGCUCUGGUAGAGAACAAUUUUUGCAAUCGUGUGUCAACAACUUAUCUAAGUAUACCGAAGAUGACAGGAAUUUUGGGGUGCAAAUUCAGGAGAAAUCGUAAUCUGCCUUGAAAAUCCUCUGAUCCAUGACAUACUCAUAUAAAAAGCUAUCUAUUCUCUGAUUACCGCUUGUGUCCUACCAGUAAAGCUGCGAUGCACAGCAUGUCGCAUGUUUAACAAAGUGCUCUAUACACGGAACCCUUUUUUUCUUGUAUUACACAUUGUACUGGAAGUAGUGGUUUAUGGCGAGUAUACUGGGGAACUCUAUGGAUAUUGCCUCGAGAUGGAAUUUACUGUUCUUUCCCUUAGCAUACCAUAUGUUCUGUUAAUGGUGAAGAUGAUCUUUUUUGUAAUGUGCUGUGUUAAAGACCCAGGUACGGUCACAAAAUCAAGUCAAGGAUUUCCAUUAUAUUCAUAUGAUGGAGUCAUCUACCAAGAAGGCAUCAAAUGUGCAACAUGUAACUUGAUAAAACCAGCUCGCUCAAAACAUUGCAGACUGUGUAACAGAUGUAUUCAUCGCUUCGAUCACCACUGUGUUUGGGUCAACAACUGCAUUGGCGCUGUUAACAUGAGAUACUUUCUGCUUUAUAUGUUGACUUUGUGUGCCAUGGCUGGAGAUUUAGCCAUGUUAGCAGUGGCAUUCCUUCAACAGCUUGUGCUGAAAUCCAACCUGAUGCAAGGAAGCUACAUUGGUGAGGACGGAGAACCUCAUCCUGUUGAUAUCAGUUUUACUAUCCAGCACCUGUUCCUGACCUUUCCACGUGUUGUAUUCAUGCUUGGGUUCUUGAUUGUUGUUUUCCUGUUGUUGGCGGGAUACCUUUGCUUUCACUUGUACUUGGUUCUUGUGAAUGAAACAUCCAAUGAAUGGUUCAAGAAACGUCAAUGGAAUGUGAUACAGAGCAAACAUUUAAAACACAAACACAAGUCAGCUAAAUGCAAAAGCAAUUAUCACAGAGGAGUCCUGGGAAAUAUUAAAGAAAUUUUCAAGCCUUUGACUGAUGUUGAGAAAAAACAUGUGUAACCAGGAAAGUGAAACCAUUGAGUAUUUAAUUUAUUUUUUCACAUUUUCUAUUUUUAAUAUGACUGCCAUUGAUGAUACAAGCUUUUCAUACUUUUUUCAUAGGAAAGUCCUAAUAUGUGCAAAUAAGUCUUGCAAAAUAUGGCAAAUAUCCUGAUGUUACAGAAUAAAAAAUAUUUUUACUUCA